UAUUAAUGUUCUUUUACUUGUUUUGGAGCUCUUCACUUUUUGGAGUGUUUGGUCUCUCUUCUCAUGUUAAUGCUAUUUCUCAAGCUUGAAUAGAGUAAGAGUAGAAAUGGUGCUCAUAAUCAUCAUUACUUUGCUAAGCAUCAUUUUCAUCUCUUAUAUGCUACCACCUUCUUCUGCUUCUUUUCCAUCAACUACUCAAUUUCAACCUUCAUUCCAACAUCAAGCCAAUAAUGCACACAGUAAUCACCCAAGGCUGGUAAGAAAGUUAAUAAGGGCUACUGAGAAGGGACAUAAUGAAGAUAGAGACUUCAUUGCAUCACAAUACAAUAAGCAGAAGGGUUACCUUUCAGGAAAAGUACAACAUAGGAAGAAAAAUAUGGUGGCCGGAAAGAAGGAGACAAAAGAAGAAAAAUAUGAUGGAGAAGACCCUUCACAAUAUUUUGCUAAGGAUUAUUCCCAUGUUGGAGGGAGACGUCCCAUACACAAUAAGAAUUUGCCAAUUGGUCCCUAGAAUGUCAUCAUUGUGAUAUUGGUUAGAAGAUAGUUAGACAUAUGUUCUUACUAUUUCGUAUUACAAAAAUAUUAUUCGUAUACUAAAAUCAGCUAAUAAAAUUAGUCACUAAUG